AUUUGAUUCGUUUCCAUAUAUGGUUUCCCUCUUUCCUCAAAUUCUCGUUCGGAGACUGAAUUGUUAUCUUAAACAUAUAAUCGAUUUCCAUUCAGUUAUUAUCUUAGCGGCAUUUUAACAAACAAGACAUGCGGUCUGUUGUUACGGGUUUCGCGUUGUUGAACGUCUUAGUGCUACUCGCAGCUAUCGCAUGUACACAGGUCCCCUUGUUAAAGCACAUUGGUUUCUUCACAAGAGUUCGCCCCGUCGGGAACACGAACUGCACGAUCAUCGAAGGUCCUGAGUCAUGCGAAAAAAUCGUUGUCCACCAUUCUUCCGGACUUGUCUAUAUGGCCUGUGGUACCCUUGACACUCGCUGGAAGUGGGCACCGUUCUUCCAAGUCUUCGAGGAGCCUAGGACCAAAGACGUCAUAACGAUAUAUGACCCAACAGCCAACACACUUCGUCCCAUACGUCAUGACCUGAAAGAUUUUCGUGGACUCAACGUUCAUGGAAUGGACGUAGUACAAUCAUCUGAUAACCCAAAAACCCUUUACAUUUACUUGGUGAAUCACCGUCCACAACUCCGAAGGAACGAGCAUGCAGUUGGUGCGGAUUCCACAAUCGAGCUCUUCAAGACAGAAGCUGGAUCCGAACGUAUGAAGCAUAUCAAGACGUUCCAUGAUCCAAAAAUCAUCCUGACCCCGAACGAUGUCGCCGGCUCACCUGACGGAAAGUCGUUCUACUUUACGAACGAUCACUCAAGCCGAGUAGAUCCCUGGGAGCGCAGAAUACAACUCUGGUUUAACCCUUCCAAGAACUCCUUAGGAUACUGCCACAUUGACAAAGGAUGUAAGAUAGCUGCUGCUAAUCUUCCCUCGCCGAAUGGGAUCGUUAGGAUCAACGAUGAUACCUACUGGGUCGCUGGGUUUCCCAGUGGAAAGAUAACAGUGUUCACGCGAGACGCUGACAACUCGUUAGUCCAAGUAGACGAAAUUGACAUUGGCCGACCACUCGACAACUUGACUGUAGAUGAGAAUGGUGAUGUCUGGGUGGCCGCUUUCGUAAGGCUCUUUGAGACAAUUAAAUAUGUGUUGAGCCGAGGAGGUCUCGCGCCCUCUGCUGCAUACAAGGUCUCUUUGAAUCAAGGUUAUGAUGCAUACUUUGGAAAGAAGUAUGCAGUAAAGAAGGUCUUCGAGGACGAUGGCACACUGGCGAACUGGAUAACCACUGCCGCUGCGGAUUCUCGUCGACGUCAGCUAUACUUACAUGGCCUGUUCUCAAAGCACUUGGUUCGUUGUCCAUUCUGAAGGCCCAGUGUAUUGUAGUAUGUAGAUAUGAUGUGAACGGAUUACAUGUAAUGAAUGCACUAUCUCGAAAUUUCCCUCUUGUACUCUCAAAGAUCCGCACGUACAACCAC